AUGACAGAUGAACCCUCAAAACUGCCGGCUUUUGGAUUGGCUCAACGGGGUGACCAGCAACGGCCGGGAUCUGGUACUAAGUCCACGGAGAAGAAACAGGAGGCAUUCCACCUGGGUCAACAUUCGGCCGGAGAGAUUUCCGCGGGAGCCGGUGGGCUCGAACAAUGA